UUCAUUUCUCAACGACACAGGACGCAUUUUCGUUUGCUGAAAAUAUUUAAAAUGAGUGACAAUAUAAUUAAUAACGAGCAAAAUCAAGACCAAGAUGCACCAAAUCAACCAAACGUGUUGAUCGCUGAAGAUAUCAUUCCCAUAAUUGUUGUUGCCAAUCCGGCGGCAGGGACAGAUUCCACGGACUACUACCCGGUAAACAAUAACGUGCCCCCACCACCGAUCGUGUUGGACAUCAAACUAGUACACAAUGUUGAUUCGACCAUAACUAUUUCCAGAACUGGUGGUAGCAACCUGACGAUUAAAACAUCGUCCUAUCAAUUAAACCUGAUUCACGCCGCUUCUCCAAAUCAGGGCCUGAUUCGUGUGCAGAUCAAUUCGCCUGCCGCGACUGCCCGUGAGAACUCCGAUACUUUGCGUUGCGGCAUUUGCCUUGGUAGCUUUAACCAAUUCGAGGAUCUGCGUGCCACCGCUUGCGGCCAUAUGUUCUGUGGCACUUGCCUGCAGCAAGCCCUGAGCAUGACUGCCCUCUGCCCCACUUGCCGUAAUCCCCAGCAGUAUGCAAACUCCAUACGUUUGUAUACAUAGCAACUGAGUUGUGGCUAUGGCUGUGAGGAGCAGGAAGUAUUUAGCAGUUGGAGACAACGAGACGAAACAAC